AUGGGGGCCAGGCAGUCCGGGGCCCGCCGCAAGGACAAGAGCCCCCUGGGGCGGGGGCUACUGCGGGGGAGGCAGAAGUUCUCCUCCUGGGACGAUGCUCUGCUUCCCGGCAGGGACCCGCGCUGCCUGCUGAAGCGGGGGCUGCGCCAUGUCAGUUUCAGCCUGGUCACCAAGGGCAUGACGGACGCGCCCGACUUCCUGUGGGGCCUGUCGGAGAUGCAGAAGCUCAACCUGUCCCACAACCAGCUCCGGGCCGUUCCUCCCGAGCUGGGGAAGCUCACGCGGCUGGUGGUCCUGAACUUGUGCGGGAACCGCCUGAAGACACUGCCCCGGGAGGUCAGCCUCCUGCAGAGCCUCAAAGUUCUGUUCGUGCACAUGAACGGCCUAACGGAGCUGCCGGCCGAGCUGGGCGCCUGCCGAAGCCUGGAGGUCCUGAGCGCGUCGCACAACUGCCUGUCCCAGCUGCCCGCCAGCCUCGCCGACCUGUCGCGGCUGCGCAAGCUGAACCUCAGCCACAACCGCUUCGCCCACAUCCCCGUCUGCGUGUUCUCACUCAAGGAGCUGGACUUCCUGCACGUGGGCUCCAACCGCCUGGAGAACAUUGCCGAGAGCAUCCAGUGCCUGGCCGGCUUGCAGAUCUUCAUCGCUGAGGGCAACCACAUCCACACCUUCCCACGCUCGCUCUGCCUGCUCACAAGCCUGGAGCUGCUGAACCUGAACAACAAUGACAUCCAGACGCUCCCUGCGGAGCUCUACAUGCUCUGCAGGCUGACCAGGAUCGCCUGGAACCCCAUGGACAAAGGGCUGCACAUUUCCCGUAACCCUUUAUCCAAACCUCUGCCCGAGCUGCUGGAGGGGGGCCUGGAGAUGCUCGUCAGUUACCUGAAGGACAGAAAACACACCUGA